AUGAGCAUGAUCAUCACAAACAUAUUUUUCGACCACGGAGGUCAUUAUGCAGAAGAGGAACUGAAAUGGGUUUCAAAGAAUCCCACUUGCGCUAUAACAUUCAAGAUCUCAUCUUUGGAGGAGAUUACGUACUCGGCGGUUGUGGAUAAGAUAUGCAGGAAGAUUGCAAGAGAUGGAGCUAAGCCGCUGCUGAAAUUGAGUUACAUUCCAAUGUCAAAUAAUCCUGCGAGAGAGAUGUACAUUUUUGAUGAUGAAGACCUAUUUGCUUAUCUAACGACAAUUGAUAAUCUGGGAUUUAGGAGGAUUUUGCAUGUGGAGGUAACCAAGAACACGAACAGAGCAAAUCAUAGGAGCGACCACCUGUCUAGAACGGAUGCAGAAAGUUCAUUUGGUUUGAAUUACGAGGAGGAGUCGGUUCCAAAUGACAGAGAAGAGGAUGGCAACGAGAAGCGUCCAGAACCAGAUAGUAAGGAAGAUGGGUUAAACUUCUUUGAUGAGGAUUUUGAGCUUUCACGUCCUGUAGAAGAAAUUAAGUUGGCUGAAGAAUGGGAAGAUGGUAUUGGUCUUGAAAUAAAACAAGAAUUUCCAUCAAAGGAGGCAUUGCAAGAUUUGGUUGACAGAGCUUCACACAAGCAUUGUUUUGGUGUCCGCACUUACAAGUCUGACACUGGCCGACUUAUCCUAAGGUGCACUCAGAAGAGCGGAGGCUGUAAUUGGUAUAUAUAUGCUGCGAGGAAAGGUGGAUCAGAUUUUUUCAGUGUCCGAAAAUACUGGAACAAGCACAACUGCUCACGGGCUGUUGAAAGUAGUAACAGCUCUCGAAGGAGAGGCAACCCACGAUUAGUGGCAUCGGUUUUGCAUGAAGACUAUCCAGGUCAGUUUGACACACCAGUUCCAAAAACAAUUGUCGAUGUUGUUCACCGUAGACUUGGUGUGAAUGUGUCAUACUCAACGGCUUGA